AUGGAUGACGGUAGUAUGCAGCUGCAGCCCGGGCGCAGCGUGGGCUUCAUGACGCUUGGCUGCUCCUUACAUGACAUCCUCACCACCAUCAAAGCUGAAGUCAAAGCCUUCCCACGAUUCCAACUCUACUUUGACGACCUCCACCCCAUUUCUUCGCCUGUGCAACUCGUCCUUCCUGACAACGGUCUGCGACUGCAGUUCGAUGGUCCUGAUCAGCGGCUGCGUUUGAUAGAGGUACUCGACUUCACCAAAGCACGACUACUAUACAAGGACAUCGAAGUGUUUAAGCUCGUGGACAUGCAUGGAGGUGUAGCAGGACCCAGGUUCCGGCAUAUCUACGAUAAGCUCUUGGGUCCCACAUACGGAGGCGAGUACAUACCGCCUAAGUCUGAAGACCCAAACGCAAGAGGCACCUACAACCUGUCGUAUCCCGGUAUUGCAUUCAACUUUCCAGUACAGCACGCUGCGUACUCACCGAAGAAGGACUUCAUCUCAUUGUUGUCAUCCUCAGCCACGGGUCCUGCAACCUCCAUGGCGGUAUUCAGCGGCGAGUCGUGGCAGAAAGCUCGGUCGACACUGUUCACAGCGACCCCCUCCAACCCUAGAUCUUCGGCGCUUGUAGGCAUCAAGGGCCCAGGAGGUGGGCCCGACGAAAUCGAGACUGUCAAGGUACACGGCGAAGGGAAGGUUGAACUCGUCAGACGAUCAAGCCCUCCCUUCUGGAUAGUCCUCAGCGAGACGACGCCUCAAGACCUCAUCAUGGAACUUGGAGCGCCAGACUCUAUAUAUCGCAAGAACGAUCACCGAUUGUCGAUCCACAAAGACCGAACGACCAGCGAUGCGUCCGAUCACUCUCCUGGCGGUCUGACACCCGAGGACAUGCUUGACUCAGACCGCGGCUCAGCAAUCGGCACAGACACGGAGGAAGACUGGGAGGACGAUGACGAUGCAGUGCUUGAAGCCCAGGAGCGUGAAAUUGCGGCAGCAGAGCACUUCUACAACUACUACCAUCACGGCUUCGACAUUCUGGUCUCGCAGCCCACACAGAUAUCCCCACCUUCGCCCACGGCAGAGCGCAAAGAAGCAGAUCUACACAAAGAUGGCGAGCUGAGCGCGCAGCCACUCAAUCACCUGACUGCGACCAAGGUCAUCUUCCACGGCAACAUACCAGGCUCGUAUCAGUUCAAUCGGCAUCGGAGGAGCAGGUGGACACUGGAACAUGUCCCUUCGACGCAGUACCGAGAAGCGUUAAACUCGGAGAUGCGUUUCAGCGACAUCUCCGGUAGGCUGAAGGAGGUUUUCAAGACGUAUUAUGAUAAUGAGGAGCAAGAACGGUUGCAACAGCGCGGCAUGGCCUUGAACAGAGGAUGGGGCGAUAGUCCUGGUAGUAGCUGCGAACUUCUUGGAGGUUGGGAGGACGCGUCUGGUCGGAGGAGCAAGUUCGCGAAUGCAGGGAGUGUCACGGUGGAUGGUGUUACCGAUGUUGGGAACGUGGAGCUAUUUGGGUUCCCGGGCAUGGUGUUUGAGGUGUUGAAGAACGGCGCUGUGAGCUCUUUGACUGUCUACUAA